GAGCUUCACCUCUGACCCCAGUGAAGAAAUGGGUUCACGCUGUGUGCUGGGUAAAGCACAAGUUUCGACAUUGAAAAGAGCGUGGAGAUGUUUUUAUCGCUAUUAAACAAUUAAAACCCAUUAUAAUACAAAUCUCACGCACGGCUCAGUGUUACAGUCAGAGACGAUGUCCAGUCCUUUUGGCACAGUCAAGGCGGAGGCUGUUGUGAUGUCUGAUGAGAGCCGAGCUCCGCCUCCGGGAUGUCCCAUGCACCAGGACGCCAAAAGAGCUGCACCUCCAUCCGAAUGCCCCAUGCACACAGCAUCCACUACAGAGCAACCCAAGAGUGCACCAGAUGUGCCAGCACAUCAGGACAGAGCCUACGAGUUUGUGCAGUGUCCUGUGACAGGAGCUAGAGGAAGCAAAAAUACAGCAUCUGACAUCAACCCUGCAAACAUGAUGCCUCCGCCCAACCAGCAGCCUUCUUCCGGCCAGCCCUUUCCUCUGUCUGUGAUGCGAGAAGAGUCACACAUCCCUCGCUCAGGAUCGGACCAGAACUGGGUUUAUCCCUCCGAGCAGAUGUUCUGGAACGCCAUGCUGAGGAAAGGGUGGCGCUGGAAGGAGCAAGACAUCUCUCAAAAAGACAUGACGAACAUCAUUAACAUUCACAACCAGAACAACGAGCAGGCGUGGACGGAGAUCCUGAGAUGGGAAGCUCUCCAUUCAAAGGAGUGUCCAUGUGGACCUGCUCUUAAAAGGUUUGGAGGCAAAGCAAAAGAAUUUACUCCGAGAGCCCGCUUUCGUCACUGGAUGGGGCAUAAGCUGCCGUUUGACAGACAUGACUGGAUUGUGGACCGGUGCGGGAAAGAGGUGCGAUAUGUGAUCGACUACUACGAUGGAGGUCGAGGGUCGAGUCACACCAUCUUAGACGUCCGUCCAGCGUUUGAUUCUUUAGAAGCCGUGUGGGAUCGCAUGAAGGUGGCGUGGUGGAGAUGGACCUCGUCAUGAACCUGUGCUGCUAUACGGAAAUAUAGGAGUUUUAUAUUCAUAUAUAUUUAUUGGUGAUUAUUUGGGCUUGUUUAGCUCACUCUGACAGAAAGUGUCACGCACAUACCCAACUGUCCAAGUCCUGUACUAAUAAUGAUUAUUAUUAUGGGCUGCAAAUAUCAGACAUGCAAACAAGUAUCAGUGAAACCUGGUCAAAUGUAAAAUUAUAUCACAGUUACAUAAAGUUGCUGUCUGUAAGAAUUAUAGUGUAGUAGAAUGCUAACACAGGGCUCAUCACAUCACAAGAUCAUAGAUCACAUGAUUACUUCUUACAGUUAUUCUUUUUUGAAUAGGAGUUUAAUUCGUGAGUAAUAAUGUGUACAGUAGUUAUACAGUAAUCAAAUGUGUUUUUCUUUUUUGCUUAAGUAUGGAAAGCAUAGUAUCUUAACAAGCAUCUUAGACAUUUAUCCAGGGUUGGAGCUAAAUUUCAACUUCCAUACUGAUGUCCAAUGUUCUGUAAUAUACUGUAAUAUGAUUUGUUUCCCCACUGUAUGUUCAAUAAAUAAUAUCUUAAUUUUUCUGCAAA